AUGAGGAAGAAAGUAAAGAGCAAACCGACGAGCAAACCGACAACAGGUUCCGCUGACUUCACAUUGCAGAAUACGGGAGCCUGGAAUCCUUCCAAUUACAAAAACCGUCGUGAAGCUUGUCCGUCGCCCGUUUCGAAACAAACUUUCCUGGUGCCGAAACGACUGCAACUUGCGACUAUCCGUAUCCGUACAGCGAACGACUCUUUACAGGCCCAGCGACCCGCUGGCAGCCUUGCGCAGCCUCGCGGCGGUACAGGUAACUAUUUCAGCACGUUGGCAGCAAAGAUGGCGGACACGACGCAGAAUGUCGCCGGAUCUAUCCAUCAGCCGGCCAAGCUAUUUAUCGAUACCCAGAAAUUCACCGCCAAAAUGCCCGAACUUGGUGCGACCUUUGUCCCCGGCGGCUUCGAUGAUUACUACAUGCCGGAAGUCGUGGCACCCUCGCCACAGAGGGUCACUCCUCAGGUUCCCCAGGCCAUGCAGGACGACCUCCAGCGGAUGGAACUAGAAGCGGGGGAAGUUCCCGCGCGACGACAGAGCGAUGGCACACCACUUCAAGCCAGCGAGCCUUCAACCUAUUCGCAGCCGCUGCCGGCCGCCCCCAUAUCUUCCCAGGACCAAACCAAAAGAGUCAGCGACACGGCACAACUAUAUGCUAGCGCCUACCACAAAGACGAUUCGCUUUCCGACCGCCUAGACUCAGUAUCCUUGGACGGUGCUCCGUCCUUUUCUCCAUUUCCCAAAGUUGUAGGAGACAACAUCCCACCUGGGGAUGACGCCAAGGAAGAGAUUCUUUGGGGCUCGCGCAAGCAUGUCCUCCACUCGCAGAAUGUUGCCAUGCAAAUAAGCUGGGCUAGAGACGUUCUCAACUGGGUCGAAAUUUCCGUCGACGCCGCCGCCCGCGAUAAUGCUGGAAAGCCUCGACCCUCGACCCCUCGCACCGAACACGAGCUUCGCGUCGACGCCAUCAACGUUAUAGCCUACUUGGCCGACCAAGAACACCCCGAUGCGCUGUACCUGCGCUCCAAGUGGCUAGAGUUUGGAAAGUUCGGAAAUAGAAUGGACAAGCGAGAAGCUUACAACGGCUAUACCCGCGCUUCCGGCCUUGGUCAUGCUAGAUCCGACUACCGCAUCGGCAUGCUGUACGAGCAGUCCAACGACAUUUCCAAAGCCAAGGAACACUACUACAAGGGAAUGAGCCUCAAGGACUCGGCUGCUCUCUACAGAAUGGGAAUGAUGAGCCUUCUAGGACAGCACGGCGAGUCCAAGGACUUUGCCGGGGGCCUUGAACGCAUUCGUCUCGCGGCCGAGAGUUCGGACGAAGAUGCUCCUCAAGGUGCCUACGUAUAUGGCAUGCUUAUCGGACGCGAUCUGCCCGACAUUGCUCUCCCCGAGGGCUUGCUCCCCCCGAAUAUGGAAAUCGCUAGGAUGUAUGUCGAAAAGGCAGCGUACCAAGGAUUUGCCAAAGCACAGCUGAAGAUGGGCCAAGCAUUCGAGCUCUGUCAGCUUGGCUGUGAAUUCAAACCUGCUUAUUCGCUGCAUUACUACGGUCUUGCUGCUAAACAAGGCAUCCGGGAGGCAGCACUUGGCGUUAGUCGCUGGUUCCUCUUUGGCUACGAGGGAACCUUCAAAAAGAAUGAAGAGCUCGCCUACAAAUAUGCCCAAGAGGCUGCAGCGGCCAAGCUACCAACCGGAGAGUUCGCCAUGGGAUACUACCAUGAGAUUGGCAUCCACGUCAACAAAAGUCUCUCCGAGGCGAAGAAAUGGUAUGAGCUUGCUGCUGAGCAUGGAAAUACCGAUGCUAUUGGCAGACUCGAAUCACUUGACCAGGACAAAACGUUGUCAAAGAAGGACCACGAAACAACAACACUUACAAGGAUCAAGUCUCAGCACGGGUCAAUGCGGGGGAAGCGACCAGAGCGUUUUGCUCAAGCCCAACAAAAGCACUUGCCUACUCUGAGCGAGAGCGAAGCUAGCGGCAAGCGCUCAAACGGCGUUUCUCCCAUGCCAUCCCCAGGCAUCAAGCCUACCAUCGUGUCUGAUCAUGCCGACUAUCCUGAUGCGUCACGGGCUUCUGUCAUCAGUGACUUGGACAACAGCCCUGCUUUCAAUCUUCGCUUGGAUUCGCAGCCUGACCGAUCACAGUCAGCGGCGCCAUAUCCAAUGGACGACCGACCGGCACCCCUCAAUGUAAACAGGCCAAAGUCUACUGCACCUUAUCCUGAUGAUGAGCCUGCUGGAAAGUAUAUUCAGCCCUCCCAAGGACUCGGUCCUCAAGCGGACCGCCCAAUGAGCGCGUUCGGCAUUCGCACACCAAGCAGUGGCGCCGGACCGAACAACUCAUAUAAUGGCAACCCGUACCCCAGCGGUCCAGUUAAUGCUGGUCGCGCACAACCCACCUCGGGCCCCGGCGGCUAUCGACCACCCCCUGCUGGCACCCAUCCUGGCGAUCUGAAUUACCAGCGACCUGCCACAAUCCAGCCAUACAGCAAUGAUACGUCCCCUCCCAACAACUUGCCAAAGCAAUAUCCUCGUCAAUCAUAUGGAGGCACUCCUCCCGUUGGUUCGCAGCCUGGGUACGGCUAUAGCGCCCGGACCAGUUCGCGGCCUCGGCACGACGCACCACCCCCGCCGCAGCACAUGAGCCAGCCGACAUAUCCCCCACGUGUUCCCCUGGCCGCUGUUGGCAGCACCGGAAGACCAGACAGAUAUGGUUCUCUGCCGCCUCAAGACCCCAGACAAUCGAGAACACCUACUGGGCUGGGCACACCAGACUCGUCGCGGCAUGGUCGUGCAACAAGCCCUGCACCUGCCGCGCCGUUGCACAGCCGGGUAGUUACGGCACCGCCGGGAGGAUCGCGACCGCUGCCGCCCAAGGUUGAAAAGCCUCCUGCAUCGACACCCAAACCCAACAAGGGCCCCGCCACUUUUGAAGAUAUGGGCAUCCCCCAGGGUAAAAAUGAAGGCGAUUGCGUUGUCAUGUAG